GGGGGGGUACAGUUCCUUUUGUUAAAGUGUCUUUCUGCAUCUCCCCCUGUGGGUAUCUCAGGGGUAUCCACUCUGUAUUCUUAAUGUGCUUAUUCACCUCCAUCACUGCUGGAUCUCGAUCAGUAUGUUGUCGGCUCCUUCCUGGGGCUUUGUAUAGAGUAGGCUGUAGGCAGGGACCCAGGCAUCAACCUGUCUAUCCAUACAAAUGAAUAUGCAAGAAUUAUACUGUGUAUUUGGGCUCUGAUUCUAUUGUGGGUUUUUAAUUAUGUAUACUUCAGAAGAAUUGUGGUACGUUUUUAUAAUUAUUAUUUUCGAAUACAUUUUUAAAAUAAAUGUGGGGGGAGGGGAAAAGAAUAUUGUUUCGUUUGCUCAUUUUGUUCUGUUGACACAACUUGUAUCAUAGUAGAAUGUAACAACCAACGAUAAAGAAUAUCCUGAGGUAAUGAGGAUGAACGUGAACAGAUAGACAGGGAAAGAGAUACAAAGCCAUCCUAAACUGUUGAGAUGCACUCGAUAUACAAGAACACCCCCUCCCCCUUGUGUUUUUUGUAAAUGGGGGGGUGAGGUUCCUUUAGCACAGCACAUUCAAUCAAGCGUACAUCCUGUCAUGGACACAGAAACGGGGUGUGUGUAACUGUCUCGACAACAAGAGCGACGGCUUUUGGAAGGUGUUUGACGGUGGGGACAGCACGAGAGGACCGUCUUUGAGUAGUGUGUUUACUCAAACGCAAUUGACAUUAUGAACGUCAUCGCAGUCCUGUGUCUGUGUGGAUGGGCAGUUGUUUCCCAGGGCGACCGUUCCCAGGUGACCCUGGAGGCUGACAGGCCUUCUCUGAGGGUCCAGCUCUCCCACGCCGCCCACCUGCAGUGCUGCUACCACACCACAAGGGGCGCCAUGAAUGCCAGCUGGAUCCACAGCGUUCACACAGUCAAUGGAACAGGCUUCCCCAAGAGAGUAAAGCUAAAGGACCCUCGGGUGAGCGUUGACAAGAACCAAACGGUUGAGGGAGCCUGGUGUCAUCACCUCACCCUGAGCUCGGUCCAGUUAGAUGACAGUGGGCUGUACCAGUGCUUCCUGAACAACAGUUCCCUGAGGUCCUCGACGUACACACAUGGCACCUUCCUACAGGUCUACAAGCCUAUGGAGAAGGUGUUUGACUUGAGUGAGAGUGUGAAGAACCAGAUCCUGGCGGUAGAGGGGGUGUUGUUGCUGGUGUGUGUACUCCUCCCUGGGGUCGUUCUGCUCUUUAAGGCAAAGAGAGUAAAUGAGCUUGAGAUUCUGAGAACUAAAAGGGAAGAGGAGAACAUAUAUGAGGGUCUGAACCUGGACGACUGCAGCACCACCUAUGAUAAAAUCCAGUGCUCCCUGGUGCAGGGGGCCUACCAAGAUGUAGGGUACAGAGUGAAGGAGAUGGAGGAGGACGAAGAGGAUGAUGCCCAGCUCCGGAAGCCUUGAAAGAGUGCAGGAAUGAGGAGAGUUCAGUUCAGUUGUUACAGAGAUAAAAGGUGAAGUUUGUGGGACAAGCACAUUUACAGAGCUGAGGAUAGGGUUAUUGAUUUUCUGUGCAGAUUUUUUUUAAUCAACAUUUGAAUUGAUAGAACAUUUUAAAGCUAUCUCGUGUUUUCUUUCUUCCAAUGUUUUAUUUUAUUUAGCCCAGUUUGACUUUUCUAUUAUGUUUCAAUGUAUCUGCUUUACAUGAAGUGAAUGAUUAAAUGAAUGUAAUCAUGAA